UCUAGGUCCUUCUAGAGUUGUGCUGGCGCCCCACAAGGAUUUUAAAAAAGUGUGUGGGGCAGGGUAGGGUUUAAAUGGUGUUAAUAACAGAGGAACAAGCUGAAGGUUCAAAGGUUAAAGUGAAUGGAGUGGCUGGACGAGAUGGACUCAGUGAGACUGAGUGUAGGACCAGUAAAGUGGCGAUGGAUACACCUGUCAUGUCCUUCUCUACGGUUGACAAAGAUGGGUGUGAAGUAUCAGAGGAGGAUGAUCAUGAGGACGCUGAAGUUGAUUACACACGGAACUAUUGGGAAGAUGAGGAUGAUAUCUACCAAGAGUUCGAGGAGUUGGACUUUGAGGCCCUGCCGGAUCACUCGGACACGCGUAGCAUCGCUUCAGACGAUUCUUUCUAUCCCCUCGAUAGUUCUGUCGCCUCUCAAAUGUACCGUUCCCCGAGCCCUGACAGCCCCGAGCCCAUCUCCUUCUUCAAGGCCUGCUGCGAGAACAACGCCAUCAUCGUCAAGAUUAUGAUCAGACAAGGAGUCACUGAAGAGGAAGUGAGGGAGACAGAUAGGAACAGAAGAUCUGGUCUGAUUAUGGCGUGUUACCAUGGCUACGUGGACGUGGUCAUCGCCCUCUCUUACUGCCCGUAUCUGGAUGUCAACUGGCAGGAUAAUGAGGGCAACACCGCUCUCAUUACUGCUGCACAAGCAGGUCAUAUUUUCAUCUCUAAUUACCUGCUGAACUACUUCCCUGGGCUGGACAUCGAGAGGAGGAACUGUCACGGCUUCACGGCUUUGAUGAAGGCCGCCAUGCAGGGCCGCGCCGAGUGUGUCAGGUCCCUCAUGCUGGCUGGAAGUGAUAUUCAGGCACGGGACAACGGCCGCAGAAUGACACCCAGGGAGUGGGCUCUCUUCACUGGUCGAUACGAGACGGCUUAUCUAAUGCAGCGGCUGAUGUUGAAGCCCUGCGCUGAGCAGUUCUGUGACUCCUUCAAUCGGGAGUGGCCCAUGUUGGAGGAGCUGUUGGCCCAGGCCCAAGAGCGAAAGUCCUGCUGGAGGCGUUUGAUCAACCUUCUCUCCUGCUGCCCCUAUAGGUUUUACAUCAACAACAAGGUAAACCCCGUGGAUGAUGGCGUUCUGGACCACAUGGUCCAGAUCACCACCAGUAUCUCCAGCCCGUUCAUUGCCAUAGCUUGCCGCACGGUGUCUCCGGGCAGCCCACCGUGCGUCGGGAAGCGUCGCCAAGCCGUGCAGGAGAUUCUGAGGAGGCAACGGGUGGCCGAGCUGAAGCGCCUGGGCCCGGACAGACUCAACAACUACAGGAUAUUUUUCCAGAACUCGCGGGUUCUACUCAUCCCCAAGGCGAGGGAUCGGAGGGCCAGCCUCCAGCCCCAGCUGUUCAGCAACGUGGCCGCAGCGUCCACGGUGGCCAUGAGACGAGCCAGUCUCCUGCCGCUCAACAUGCUGAGGAGAAGCAGCGUGCGGCCGGGCAUCGUGGUGCCCAAAGUGAGGCUCUGCAAAGCCCCGGCUCCAAACUUUACACCACAAAAAUUCAAGCGGAGCAGUAACCGCAACCAGCUGCAGGUACCCAAGUGGGAUUACAAGAUGAAGAGAAUAGAGAGGAGGAAGGAGGAGGAGAGGAAAAGGCUGUUACUUCUGAGGAGGUGGUGAGGGGAUAAAGGGGAAGAGGACAAAGUAGGACAUGGCUUGCUGCAUCUUCAAAGAGCUCGGGCGUGUGGAAAACACUCGCAUGGCUCUUACAAUUCACAGUGGUGAAGUACUUUAAAAUUAAUGAAUGAACUCCAAAUUUUCAUCUCUUGUUUUCUGAGUUUGCCGACUUUGUUGAAUUUGUUGCCUUGUUUCUACUUGAGUUGACACGUUUGUAAAACAUCAUUUGUGAUGCAAUGUGGGAGACACAGGAUCUCAGGGAGAAGAAAUCUACAGAACAGUGUUUAUAGCUUCUGCUUGAAUGCUGGCAGAAAUCAUUUUCUCCACGCUGGCAGCUUUAAUGUAUGUGACAAUGACAUGUGGCAAAAAGAGACAAAAGAAAACCAAGUGUAAGGGCUUCAGCAUGCUUCAAAUGAAGAGCUAGUCAGAGGGUCCAGCGCAGUGGACCGCAUUAAUUAUAUGAGUUUACAGGCUGCUAUAGGCAAUUUCUGUGCUAAUGACCUUGAAUUUGUCACAAGAUGUAUUUUCCCUCGUAUAAAUAUAAAUAUAAAUAUCUGGGGUGGGAAAAAGUUUAGUCUAAAAGGCCUGAUAUAGUUUUAAAAAGGUUGCAGACACACUCAAGGUUGUGCUUGUACUACAUAGGGUGUCUGCAUAAACCAGUAUGCACACGCUGCUCAACAGUUGGGUGUUUCCACAGCCAGUCGACCAUCCGUCAAACACUCCAGGUGAAAUAUACUGAGGCCUUUAAAGUGUGGUUGUUUGGAAACGGUACUGACACUUUUGCUGCUAAUUCUGAACCCGUAAAAAAAAACACUGAACCCUUAGAAAAACACAAGAACAUGGGAGAGGUGGAGAUAACUACAACCCUGUCUCCUACAAAUUAAACUGCAACAGCAAAUACAUUUUGUAGGACACAUAAUGGUUUGCUGGUUUAUGUCAGGUGGAAAGCAACCCUCUUGUUUGGCCUUUAUGUCUGUCACUGAAGUUAGCAUGCUAACUAGCCCGGGCGGCUCGGCUCGUCACUGUCCGAUACCGAGACACUGCUGCGUCCGGUCUGCCCGGGAGAAGUAGUUGCAAUUACAUUACCUAAAAAAAAACAUAUUUGCUGUUGCAGUUUGGUAAUAUAUAAAUGUCAUUUAUAUCAGACUAAUCAGGAGAAGUGUUAAACAGCAAUAAGACAGGACACCAUGCUGAGUUGGGAAGAGUAAAGGAUGUAUAAGGUAAAAGGUAAAAGGUGGAAGAAAGUGGGAUUUGAUAGUAAAAUUUGUUAAAAGAGGGAUAUCAAACGGGCAGAAAUGGGUCUUGAAAAGGCAGGAAGGUGACAACCAGUCGGAGGGAUUUUACCAGGAUGCAGAGGAGAGCUCCGACACGGCCAAAUGAAGAUUGGUGACUGGCUGCUACGGCGAGAUUGCCACAGGAAAGCAUCGCUGAGCGCGCAGGAGAAAGCCCAGAAGCCAUUUUACACUGACGCAUAGUACAACAGGUAUUUGCAGGGGAUGCAAAGGGAAGCGCUUAUGUUACAGCUGAGCUGAGGAGCCAGCUCACACAGGCUUUGGAAGGGCUUUGUGGAGAAUUUGAAUAGCAGAGCCAAAAAUAAACAGCUUAGUGCUAAACUGUGACUUGUUGACUUCCAAAAUAAUCACGAGA